AUGAAGCGAUUCCUCAAAUCCGUUACCGGCUCGUCGCUGUUCGACGACGAUGAAUCUAGAACAGAGGAUGUAGUAUACGUUCAACAGGGUGCGAAGACAUAUAGCAUCAAUUUCCCGAAGGGGGAAGUAGACACCAAGACUACAGUUAAAGACCUUCGACUCUCCGUCCUGGACGCGCUAGGACUUUCUCACGAACAUUCUAUCAAAUUGUUAUUCUCGGGAAGUCAUCUUAAAGACGAUGCGGCGCUGUUGAAGGACUUCAAAGUUAAGCACGGAGCUAAGAUCCUGUGUAUGGCGUCCAAGUCAAAACUUGCACCUCCCCCUUCGGCAUCCGGGAGUGCUGGAUCGUCUUCGAGGAAUACACCUGAGCCACCGAAGAAGAAGAUUAUCCCACCGAUGGAGAAGAUUGAACUUGUGAGGAAGCAUAUUACCGGGGCUGUCCUUCCGCUCGUGGAGGCCUUUGAAGCAAAUCCACCGGAAGAUCAGGCGAAGCGGAGGGAUGAACAUCACCGACUUAGUGAGACGGUUUUGGGUGAGAUGUUGAAGUUGGACUCCGUGGAUGUCGAUGGGGACGAUGGAGCGGAGGUUAGGAAGAAGAGGAAGGUGAUGGUUAAGGAAUUACAUGCUAUUCUGGAAAGGUUGGAUAAAGUCGAUAAGCCUGUUUAA